GUCUUAUUUCAAGUGCUGCAGCCGCGCAUUGCGUCGAAAGACCGAGAAAUAGCUCAAAAAAACCAGCCCUUACCAAGUGCUCUCAAGAGCAACUACAGCAACUACAGCAACCCCAGCGACGCCGGCGAUGACGCUGCUCGACCACGCGAGAGCCCAAGAGCGCGACUCCGCCGCCGUGGCGCACGAAAAGGACGCGAAGCAGGGCCUGCUCGUCCAGCCGAAGCCGCCCGCCCGAGCCCCGAAGAAAUCUGCACAGCUGGACGGCUUCGAAUGCUCGCGCAUCGACGGUUUAGCCCGCCCGCUCCUCGUCGCGAAGGGCAGCAAGGGGUACGCGGCCUGCGCGUAUAUAACCACGGACGCGGCGGACAAGUUCGGCGAGGCCUGCGUCGUCUUCUCGGGCGUCGCGACGCACGAGGCCUUCCUCGACGCCCCCGUCGCGAAGGCGAGCAAGGCGGCAAAAGCCUUAGGCGUGAAGGACGGCAUGCCCGGCCGCGACGCGCUCGCACUAAUCAAGUAACAACAUUAACAGAU